UUCUCCUUACAUGGGUGUUGACCGUGAAGGUUAGGCAGGCUCUUGCUCUUAGACCGAGAGCAUCACUUAAUGUUUUUAUACUUGCUGGACAUUUGCUUGACACUUUCAGGAAUGACGACAAAGAUGCAGCUUGGAUGGAAGGUAUUCCUGAUACUCACAGUGCUUCCCUGCUGCAGGAGUUUAGAGGUUUCUAUUCCAGAGAAAGGAUAUGAGGUAGCGAGAGGAGGUGAUAUCACUUUGACCUGCUCCUUCAUCCCAGCCAGACCAGUCGCCAACGCACUCGUCAUCACAUGGGAAGCUUACCCUGAGAAAGUUGGUGAGCCAAUGGACGCAGUGGCCACUUACUUUAUAAACAAUCCAGUUGACAUUGCACCUGAUUAUGAAGGCAGAGCCACGAUGGAGGUCAGCCUUGACAAUCAAGUGAGCACUCUCACCUUAACCAAGGUGACCAUGCAGGACAGCCGCAGUUACCAAUGCAGUGUCAUGAUCCCCAACGAUGACGAGGGAACAACAGCUGCCACCACUUCCCUUCUGGUUCUUGUGCCUCCCUCUCCGCCGAUCUGCAGGGUUCAGGGAGAAGCAGCAUACUUUCACAACAUCACCCUCACCUGUUCGUCCCAGGAGGGAUCCCCACAGCCUGAAUAUGUUUGGAGCAGCUACAAUGUUGAAAACCUUCCCAGAGAUUUACCACCUAGGUCUAACCAAAACCAUGGAAUUCUAUCUCUCUUCAAUAUUUCAAAAGACACGUCUGGGUUCUACAUUUGCACAUCAACAAAUCGUAUUGGUUCUGCCAGAUGCAACUAUACCUUAGUUGUGACUCCUGGGAGCAUGAACAUUGGGUCCACUGCAGGUAUAAUUGCGGGAGUCCUCGCAGGUGUUGUGCUGCUGGCAAUUUUAAUCUUCUGUUGCUGCAAGAAAAAGGGCAAAAAGGAGAAGUAUGCUGAAAGUUCCCCUGAAGAAAUGGCGUAUUAUGACAGAGACGCUCCUGAAGCUGGAGAGCCGUACUUGGAUGACAAGUCGAAGGGCGAGACAAAGCAGGUCAACCAGCAUGAAGUCAAAGGCCUUCCUCCAAACAAUUACAGCGAAGAACCAGUCGCACACAAGUUUGAGGACGAUCACCACAGUUAUAAUAGCAGCAAAGAAAGGUAUGGUGGCAAGGGCAGUGAUGUUGACUCUCAGCGUUACCAGGACGACCAGCAUGAUCGCCGCCGUGGGAGUCGUGAUCGCCUUGACGAUCAGCGUGAUCGUGUUGGAGGUAGUCGCGAUCGCCUUGACGAUCAGCAUGAUCGUUAUGGAGGUAGUCGCGAUCGCCUUGAUGAUCAGCGUGAUCGUUAUGGAGGCAGUCGUGAUCGCCUUGACGAUCAGCGUGAUCGUUACGGGGGCAGUAGGGAUCGUCUUGAUGAUCAGCGCGAUCGUUAUGGGGGCAGUCGGGAUCGCCUUGACGAUCAGCACGAUCGUUACAGAGGCAGUCGGGAUCGCCUUGAUGAUCAGCGCGAACGUUAUGGAGGCAGUCGGGAUCGCCUUGAUGAUCAGCGCGAACGUUAUGGAGGCAGUCGGGAUCGCCUUGACGAUCAGCGUGAUCGUUAUGGGGGCAGCCGUGAUCGCCUCGAUGACCAGCGUGAUCGUAACAGAGGCAGCCGUGAUCGCCUUGAUUACAAUGACGAUCAAAGCAGAAACCGGUAUUAAUAACCUUGUGUUACUGAAUGUUAUAACGCUCUAAAAUCUUUUCUUUUAUGCACUAAAACAUUUUAUUGGGUUUAUGGAUUGGCUUAGUUCCCCAUCACAAACAGCCAAAGUAAAAUUAUUUUGCGCAUCCUCACAAAUAUUGUAAAUUAUCAUGUAGAAGCCAGUAUUCAAAUCAUAGUGUAGGGAAGAGUCGAAAUAAGAAGUAGAGGCUUGUCUCUUAUAUAAGCCUGUCUAACAUAAGAGCCUGAUUAUCUCUUCUACUGAAGUAAAUUACUAUUUGAGAAUUUUACAGUAGGGUGGUGCUCAAAGCUUGGCGACAUUAACCCCGUUUCUACCAAACACUUUCGGUAUGGUACCUUUGGAACCCAAAGUAACCCUUCAGACAUGAUACCUAGACCCUAGUCCACCCUACUCCACUGCAAACAGUCCCCUUAAAUGUGGGCGGGGUUCUUGUCACUCACUGCUCUGUCCAGCACUCACUGUAUUUCCUCAUUACCGGUGACACAGAGGGAAGUCUGCACCUCGUUCAUCGUCCACAGAACGAGGCUGCAUGCCGAUGUUUUCAGAACAAAAUAAAACAGGCUGCAGUGAGUCUCUCUCCGUGGGAUAUUUAAAAAUAGUGGGUUUGUGCAUUUAGUCUAUCUCAGGCAAGCUCAGGGGUUUAGUGUUGCUGGAGCUCACAGGAACAACGCUCCGUGCCACUUUUUUCCCCUCAGAGUGAGGAUUUUAGUAUGCGCACUUCAUAUAAUCCAGCCGAAAUUAAUAUAUAUUAACACUUGAAGAUCCACUCAUUACUAAAAGUGUAUGUCAUAUAAAAACUGGUUAUGGUCAAAGUUGUCCCAUUGAAAUUUAAGGUGUGUUAAUGGAUUCACAUCAUCGGCGCCCCAUAUACAGAGGCAUCGCCUCGCUGCAGCGGCCGCGGGUUCGAAUCCAACUCGCGGCCCUUUGCUGCAUGUCAGUCCCCACUCUCUCUCUGUCGCCCGAUUUCACUCUCUGUCCUGUCAAUAAAGGCAAAAAGCCGAUAAAAAUAAUCUUUAAAAAAAAAAAAGUUGCCAGCAGGAGUAGUCAGAAGUAUGUUUUGGAUGAUGAUGAUGAUAAACAUCUUCACAAAACAAGAAUUAAAAUUAUUUUCACUGGCCAUAUAGUAUAAAACAGAAUAAAGUACUUUCUCUAAACAUCAACGUGAAUAAAACUAGAGCUUUAUGUCAGAAAGAGUUUUUUACGUCCAGAAAACCCAGUAUGGCCAGUACAGAUGCUGCAUAACAGUCACAUCUCACAGAGUCUCUACAGUUAGCUGACUGGGAGCAUCCUGAUUCAAACUGGGUUGAAACCAGAAUACAUUAGCCUUCAGGUAACCUGACUUAAAUUUACAUAUUGUGUUGUUUCAUUACUUACUGACCAAGGUCCUCGAAGCCAAGGUGCUGUCAACAUAUAUAACACAUAUGUAUUUGAUGUAAAUAAUUUAGUGUUUGCUGUAUGAUGAAAUCAACUCUGCAGCUCAAAUCCUGUGAUGUUAAGAACAGAACAUUUAAUUUUUAGAUACUUUUUUAGCAUUGAUAUUGUUUUUGUUUUUUUUCUCUUUAUAGUUUUUUAUUUUGUUUUGUUUUGUUUUGUUUUUCAUGAUUACUUGCCCAAUGCCUUAACUACACAUAUUCAGGCCCUUAUCUACUGCAGUAAUUCGGGCAUAGGUGUUAAAAAAUAGUUUCAGGCAAAAAAAAAAAUACUAUUCUUCUGUCAUAUAAAUGUGUACAUUAUCUUUGAUUUUAAGUCUCCUUUUCAUGUGUAGUUGUGAUCAAAAGUAAUAAAGUGCCUCAGCUGAAUCUGGACUAGCUUUUAACCUACACUCUCCGGCCACUUUAUUAGGUACAUCUUGCUAGUACAGUUGCUGCAGAUUUGUCAGCUGCACAUCAAUGAUGUGAAGGUGCUCUACUGGAUUGAGAUCUGGUGACUGUGGAGGCUCAUCCAGACUAAUCAGACCAGGCAAUGUUUUUCCAGUCUUCUGUUGUCCAGUUUUGGUGAGCCUGUGUGAACUGCAGCCUCAGUUUCCUGUUGUUAGCUGACAGGAUUGGCACCUGGUGUGGUCUUCUGCUGCUGUAGCCCAUCUGCUUCAAGGUUGGACGUGUUGUUGGUUCAGAGAUGGUCUUCUGCAGACCUUGGUUGUAACCAGUGCUUAUUUGAGUUACUGUUGCCUUUCUGCCAUCUUGAACCAGUCUGGCCAUUCUCCUCUGACCUCUGGCAUCAGUAAGGCAUUGUCUCACUGGAUAUUUCCUCUUUUUGGGACCAUCCUCUGUAAACCCUAGAGAUGGUUGUGUGUGAAAAUCCCAGUAGAUCAGCAGUUUCUCAAAUACUCCAAGAACAACCAUGCCAUGUUCAGGGUCACUUAAAUCACCUUUCUUCCUCAUUCUGAUGCUCAGUUUGAACUUCAGCAGGUUGUCUUCACCAUGUCUACAUGCCUAAAUGCAUUGGGUUGCUGCCAUGUGAUUGGCUGGUUAGCUAUUUGUGUUAAAAAGCAGUUGAACAGGUGUACCUAAUGAAGUGGACAUUUAGUGUAUUUUAAAACGUAUCUUUAACAUGUGUGUGGAAAAACUCUUUGUAUUGCUAAUUAUGUUUUGCUUUUUUAUCCGUUUGAUUUUACUGAAUUGAAUUUACUUACAGUGAUCUUUGUGAGCAACUUUUUGUUUUUGUUUUUUUGUUGUUGUGUGUAAUAAAUGAUUUCCAUUGACUUCCCAUUGAUGUGGGCUAUUUUUUAUAUGAAGACAAAUUUAAAUCAAGUUCAAUAA